AUGGCGGGCAGCGAUGUGGCGAGUGAGGGGCCAUCGCCGAGGGGCGGCGCGACCCAGAGACCCGGGGCCACCAGCGGGCUGCAUAGCCAGGCGGCCGCCAACUGCCCUGAGCCGCUGUCCUCUGCUGAAGCUCCGGCCGAGAGCGGCGAGUUGCCAGCCUGGAUGCGCCUCUACUUCUACGGGAUGCACGGCAUCACCCUGGACGUGCUGGUGUCCUCUGCCAGGCGCUUCGCCCGCAGCCUGGAUCUGCGGAUGCUGGGCUUCUCUUCGCCCUACCGCUGCCUCCUGCACUCGCUCACCCACUUCGCCCUGGAGCAGCUCUACCUGCAGCGGCCGCGCUGCCCCAGCGCCUUCCUCUUCAAUUUCCUGCUCUAUCCCUCUGCGCACGUCGGGCUGCAGACCCUGGCGGGCCAAGCGCUACUGCUCAGCCUAGGCGGCUGGCCGGGGGGCGCGGUGGCGCCGGGGGCGCUCGACCUGGCGCUGCAGUACGUGCUCGCGCUCUACCACGGCCAAGUGUUCCUGAAGCGCUUCCUGUGUUUGCGGUACCCACGGCGGUGCGAGCAGCAAACCAGGGACACGCUACCCGCAGCCCCGGACGCCCAGAUCCUUUGGGAGGCUGGUGGCCAGCGACGAGGACCGCGUGGCCCAAGGGGCAUAGAAGGAUCCCAAGGACUGCCCGAUCUCCUCCGCUUCCUUUUCUUCGGAAUGCAUGGCUUUCUGGAUGAGAUCUUCUUCACCUUCUUCUUUAAUGUGCUGGGUCAGGGAGACGGGGUCAGCAGUGGACACACAUCCCUCUGGUCUUUCUUCAUGUACGGAAGUUGUAGCUUCGUGGUGGAAAAACUCUACUUCCACCUUCACUACAGCCGUGGCUGGGGUACGUGGAAGCGGGUACCCAUCUAUGUGAUCUUCAUCUAUGCGUGGGAGUUUUCCUGGGGUCUGGGACUUCGUAUGUGCGGUGCCUGUUCCUGGGACUAUUCUCACUAUCCACUUAAUUUCAUGGGCCUCAUCACCUUGAUGUAUUUACCUGGUUGGCUAUUUCUUAGUGUGUACCAGGACCUACUGUCCAAUGUGUUGUGGCGGGUGCAGUAUGUCCCAAUGAACUAA